GUCUAUAUAUUCUUGGAGAAAAAGAAAGUCUUGAAAUCAUAUCAUUUCCAAUACGCACAAGUUGAACACUGAAUCUCUUCAUUCUGAAAUCACAUUGCAUCACCGUAUACAACCAAUAUGUCUUCCUCCUCAUCAACAUCAUCGUCAUCAACGUCGAAUAUACAAAAAAUCAAAAAACUCUUUAAGCUCAAGUCCCCAUCCACUUCACGCUCUACCUCACGCUCCACAAGCCUACCCAGCACCUCUCUCAACUCUCCCCAUCCCUCACCUACAUUCGACUCCAAACCCCGCAUCCAUUCCUCCUCAACCAUAACCUCAAUCACCUCUUCCCACUGCUCGCACUCCUCGUAUCCCACCUCGCGCAAAGGAUCCACAUCGGGACUCUCCACAUCAGGCCUCUCCACCGCCGCCGCAUUCUCCCUCUCCUCUUCCAACCACACCAUCCUCGAAGACUCCCGCAAUUCCAUCGACUCACGUAAUCGUAUCGCGGGCCUCGGACUCCGCGGAAGUGGAAUUGGAAUGACAGGUGCGCAGACGAGGUGUAAUAGUCUAUCGUCCAUGAUUUCGAUAGGGUCGUUGGAGAUUGAGAAGACCGAGACGUUUGGGGUAGAGAUUGAGGAGAGGGGAGAUGCGGAUUUGGAUUUGGAAAGCAGGAAGGAGAGGAGGAGGGGCAAGGUGUGGGAGGGGGAAUUGGGGGAGUGGAUUUAUUAGGUUACGGGAUUUUUUUUUAUGUCUGGGCAGGGUUGGGUCGGAGGAGAACUUCACGCUUUGGAGGAGAAAAAUUCAUUAUCAAUCAUCUCUCGAAUGAUUAUCUUUCUUUUGUCUUUUGGUUUGGGAUACGUGUAUAGCGUUGGUCGGUUGUGCCUGGAUAGAAGGUAGCCAGACAGCAAGGGCCUUAAUAAAGACCGAGGUCGAGGGAAAAAUGGGAAUGUACGGAUGGAUGCAUGGAAUGGUUACCUACAUGGAUAUGGAAGUAUCAAGGGCUGAUUACUUGAGUAUCAAAUGAAUAGGAUGGAUGGGAUGGGAUGGGAUGGGAUAGGAUACAUCGGACUUUAAUCGAGCCGAUCUUUUUUUUGUUUUCGUCUUUUCGGACAUGCUGGGAUGGGGAAGGGAAACUUAUGUGUUAUGAUAUCAUCACGAACUCUUUUUGAAAUUUUUAUAUUUUGAUCA